AUGCCACGAGUACAUAUCAUUCCGGUGCUGGUUGUGAUAGCAUUCCUGAACGCAAACGCACAGACGGGAAACCUAAAGAAUGCGCAAAAGCACACUCCUUCCACCGUGUCGACCAGUGGCCUUCAGCAAUUGGCAGUAGAUCCGAUGGCACUAUUACCACAGGCGUUGGAAAAUAUGCUCGUAGAGCGUGUGGUCGGUACAGUGGGUCACGAAAAUGUGAAAAAUUACAUCGUGGAACAGAUGAGGCGGUUCGGCUAUUCGGUCGAUUUGGACGAGUUUGAAGAAACCGUACCGAUUCUGGGUAAGGUUCGGUUUGCCAAUAUAAUCGCAUCGCUCAAUCCGAACGCGGAGCGUAAUGUGGUACUGGCCUGCCAUUACGAUAGCAAAUAUUUUGCUGGUCAAAAGUUCAUCGGAGCCACGGAUUCGUCGGUGCCGUGUGCGAUGCUCAUCACGAUGGCGGCCACCCUCGAACCCUACCUACGGUCUGUGAAAGCCAAAACGGACCUCAAUUUACAGUUCAUAUUCUUUGACGGUGAAGAAGCAUUCCAGCAGUGGUCCGAGAAGGAUUCACUGUACGGUGCACGGCACCUUGCCACCCGGAUGGAACAGGACGGUACGCUUAAAAAGAUGGAUAUGCUCGUACUGCUCGAUCUGCUCGGAACACCGGAACCGAACUUUUACAGCUACUUUUCGGAAACGGAAAAUUGGUACUUACAGCUAAUUUCUGUCGAACGGAGGUUGGAUGAGUUGGGCCAUCUGGAAAACUAUAGUACGAGCAGUGUUUCACCGACACAGAAAUCGAUCGCGUACUUCAAACCACAUUCCUUCUCGGCAUACAUCGAAGAUGAUCACAUUCCAUUCUUAAAACGUGGUGUGCCCAUUUUACACAUCAUUCCAAGCCCAUUCCCGGACGUAUGGCAUAAGCUGGAAGAUAAUGGUGAUAUCGUGGACGUACCGACGGUGCGCAAUUUGAUUCGAAUCUUUUCGGUGUUUGUAUGCGAGUAUUUGAACGUGCCGUUAUGACGAUCGAGGGAUGAAUUUUAACCCAUUGCGUCCG